AUGAUAAAAAGUGUCGACAAUGUGAUGAUAUAUUACGAUGAAAUUGGCAGUCCCAACAAUCCGACAAUCCUUUUUAUUCAUGCCGCGUUUAUGGGCAGGAUUGCCUUCGCGCCUCAAUUUAAUGACAGACGACUUGUAGAUAAAUUUCAUCUCGUAAGGAUGGAUAGUCGUGGUGCCGGACGUUCAUCUAAACCCACAAACAUAUCCAUGUAUGACAGCAUUUAUAAUUAUGCUGACGAUCUUAAUGCCGUAAUCCAAGACGUGACAAAAUCGUAUCUUAAGAAGAAGGUGGUCCUUGUUGGUUGGUCUUUUGGGUUUCCAACAAGUUUGGCUUACUUGGAUAAAUAUGGUUACGAUAAAGUGGCAGGGCUUGUUAGUUCUGCUGGUCUUGUAAAUCCAAAAAUUGGACUUAAUCAGACCGCUCUGGCUUCCCUCGAUCAACUUAUCAGCAACGACUAUACAAAGGCUAUUACAUCUAUUGAGGGUGAUGUUGAUACCGCCAUUACAGCAAAGCCUUUUGAUGAAAAGACACGAUUGAUGUUCAUCGGAGUCAUGGCGAUCGUACCUCCAGUUGCAAAACAAGGCCUUGUUCGUACAUCAUUUGACUUUAAGCCAGUUCUCAAAAGGGCCAAUAUUCCAGUCUUGGUAAUCUAUGGGGACAAGGAUAUUUUGAUUAAUAGAGGAUACCCCAAAACUAUGGCAAAAGCAGCCAAAAAAGCAGUAAUCAAGUGCUAUCACAAUGUUGCGCACUUUCCUAGCUGGGAAUCGGCAAGGCAAUUUAAUACUGACCUGACAACAUUUGUUAGUCAAUUGUAA